CUGAUCCGAGCGCACAGCUGAUCCACCCACAGACGGAAAGUCAAUGGCUACCGGCAAUGUUCUUUUGUUCUCAACAGAAGAAAGAGGUUCACACGGUUUUGGAGUGAAAUGAGGUGCCAUGUCCUCGGGGAAGUAAUCAGGAUGGUACACAGACACAUUAUUAGAGGAACCUGCUGUAAUUCGAGCUUCUGAUCAACCAAACUUUCUUCAGUUGAGACUCCGCCCUUGUUUUUCAAUUUGAGGUGUUGAUAUCAUUUUAACCGCACGACAGGACUUCUACUUCAGACACCCAAACUGAGUUCAUGUUAUGGAAACGAUGGAAAGUGCAGCCCCGGAGUCCAGAGCUGAACGGAUAGCGCGCUACAAAGCGGAGAGACGCAGAGAGCUGGCCGAACGCUACGGCAGCCAGGAAGAGGAGCUCCCGUCUAAGUGGUCGAGAAGAGAGAGGGAAGGACGUGGCGUGCGUGACUCUACAUAUGUGGAUAAGUCUGUUUCGGGAGGAAUGUAUGGAGGGAUGGGGAGGAAUGGACAAAUGGAAGAGAGGCCUGUUCCCACAAAGAUCUCCAAUGGGUGUAAGGUGAACUCCAGUGGAGAGAACACACACCAAAGCAGGGAAGGUUUGUUAGGCUCGUCUGGUACAGUGGCAGGGGAAAAGCCUCCAGACUCCCAUGGGCCUUCAACCCCUGACACUCCUCAGUUACACACUCAUGUAUCUGUAGGCCGGCUGAGGAACGCUCUUCUACAGCAAACCUCGAGCCCAGCUCCGUCUGAUAGAGUAGCCACUGAUGGUGGCGUGGUGGCCUUGACCCUUGACCUCGCAGUUCAACCAGGUGCAGAGGGAAGUCGUCGGCGUGCUCGUCGAUACAUGCCAGGGGAUUCUGCAGGGAGCCGCAAAAAUAGUGAACGUUUCCGUACUCAACCCGUUACAGCCUGUGAGAUAAAGGACAGCUGCGGAAUAAUGGACGAUGAAAUUCAAGACAACUCACAAAUGGAUGUAAAGACCGAUGACAGAGCCAAGAUGAGUGUAGCUGCCAAGAUGUCUCUGUUUAAAGAGUUGGAAAAGACAUCUUCUGCUGAGGCUUCCUCGUUCCUCAAACCUCGCUCCAGUAACAGUUUUCACGAGCGCAGAGUUCGCCGUAACAACGAUGCUCGUGCACUCACUCAACCAAUCACCUUUGAGGAAACAGCGAUGGCAGCGAGCCCACAGCGGGGUGAGGCAGGUGAGACUGAGCCUGGGGUGGAGGAUGAUGCUGGCACCAAACUGUCGAUGAGUGAGAAACUGGCUCUCUUCAACAAACUGUCUCAGCCCAUGCUGGGUGCUGUGGGGGGUCCGGCGAGAGACGGCAGCCCUCUAGAGGCCGCGGAGAGACGCAGACAGAAGGGUGCGCGUUACCGCACGCAGCCCAUCACCGUGGAUGAGGUCAAUUUGCUUCAGAAAGGGCCUGUUGAGCUUCCUCGUCUUCAUCUGGCACCUCACCUCUCUGACCGACAGCAGGCUGAGUCCAUCAAUCUGAAGCCCAGUGAAGUGCGUCUCUCUGGGCAGGACUGGGCUUCCUCCUCUGAACUCACCCCAUCACCCCAUCUAAAGCCUGCAUCAGACAGCAGCUCCCAGAAUGCAGUGCAGAUUAAAAGCAUCUUGAAAAAGAGCUCUUCGGAGGGAGUGGUGUGGAGGAGUGAAAGCAGAGACAGGGAUAACCUGAACGGACACGGCCUGGAGAGGAGAGAGAGAGAGGUGAUAGAGGAGAGACAGAUGACACCCGUGGAUCAGUCCCCAGCUCCUCUCUCCAGCGCUCCCUGGAGGCAGAGGGCGAGGAAGGAAGCCUCUGUAAGCUCUGGCAGAACACGCAGAUCUGCUCCAAAGCAUGAGGAACGUCCGUCUCUAUCAGAGGACCUCCAGAUCACCGAACAGAGUGACAGGCUGACAGACUCAAAAGAAGCUGAGAAAGAAGAGGAAAAGCAAAAUGCUAUGGAAAGGUGCAAUAUCAGUCAAAGCAGUGAGCCACAGGACGACAAUCUCACUACAGCCGAGUUUCAUCCCCAAACUCAGUGCUGGGAGCCUGUGUUUUCCUCGGUGUAUUCUCGUUCAAGCUCCACGCCUCAAUACGUGAUGUGUUUCAAUGAGAGGACUCUUUCUUAUGAAGCUCAGGAGGUUUCCACAACCACUCAAACCCAACCACAGGUGACAGAGAGAGUCGAGACAAGCUGUGAGGAGGAAGACUCUCCCAAACUCAUCUUUACAGAAACACAAACUGUUUGUGCCAGUGAAGUCCAAGAGUGUCAGAUGUUUGGUGCUGAGAUGACCUCUGAACCCUCUUCACCUCCAGUCUGUUCGACAACUGAAGGAGACACAGAGCCGGACCUGAGCACCCUCUGUCAGACCAACACACCGAUUUUGAGCUCAGCUGUAGCCGAGCACAGGCGCUCCGUUCGGCCGUCCCGCAGGACCCAGGGUUCGAGGAAUCCAUUACGUGCUCUCGCUGCUCGAGAAGACAUCCAGCAGGAUUUCAUGCAGUCUGAAGAAAACAGCGAAAUGGAGAAUAAUACAGCUAUGAAAAAUUCUAACUGCACCCCAGCUGUCGUCUCUACCUCUGGGAAAGGGAGCAGACCCACAGUGCCAUACAAUGAACUUAUGCUCAUCCAGGUUAAAGGGUGGAGGCAGGUGCAGGUGCGGUUGGUGGAGCCGGUGUCACGGUCUCUUAACAGCGGUGACUGCUUUCUGCUGGUCACACCUUCACACUGCUUCCUCUGGACGGGCAAACUCUCCAACACCGUUGAGAGAGAAAAGGCGUCUGAAAUGGCCUCAGUGAUUGUGACCCAGAGGGAUCUGGGUUGUCAGGCAACAGGUGUUGUUCACCUGGAUGAAGGUGUAAAUACAGACAGCCUGCAGGCAGCAGAGUUCUGGAACCUUCUCAGGGGACAGACCCAGUAUAAAGACAGUGCAGAGGAUGAUGAACAUUACGAGAGAGCCAUAUCAGAGUCAAACUGUAUUUAUAGGCUGCAGGGGGACAGACUCAGUCCUCAUGAGCAGGGCUGGGCUGUCGUACCGGACCUCAGUCUUCUCAGCUCCUCUCAGACUCUGCUGUUUGACUUUGGCAGUGAGCUCUAUUUGUGGCACGGGAAAGACGUGGGCCCCAGCGAGAGGAAAGUGGCCCUUCAGCUGGCUCAGCAGGUUUGGGACGGAGCGUAUGACUACAGCAACUGCAGGAUCAACCCUCUGGAUCCCUCUGGUGGCAGUGAGCAUAUUCACACGCAGGGUAUUGGACGGCCAGACUGGGCGCUUUUUGGCCGCGUGUUUGACCAAAACGAGACGAUACUGUUUAAAGAGAAGUUUGCAAACUCGUUUGAACAGACCACUGUGAAUAAAAAGAACAUUGCUCCAUCCAUACAAGAGGAGGUGAAGGUGAGGAUACGGAUAUACACUAAUUUAAUUUUUAUAUUGUCUUGUGUCUUUUCUCCAGACCCCUCACAGGAGUCAUCUGAGCAGUGGUCAUGUGAUGCCAGAGCUCUCUUGGGCGGAGUCUGUCUCUCAGGGGUGUCUCAGGUUGUUCUGGAUGGUGUGGAUGUACGAAGGGGACGGGACACGGUCACUCUGAGUGAUGGCCGGCAGGCGGAGUUAUGCACUCUUGCAGUGAAAGCGUGGCUUAUUUCCGACGGUGUGGAGUGUGAGGUUUCCUCAGAGAGCUUUGGACAGUUUCAUGAGGACAGCACAUAUGCUGUAUGCUGGACGUACAGCCUCACAGUUUUAGGAGGUCAAAUGUCAAUAGGUCAGGAACGAUCUGCUCUUUUUAUCUGGAAGGGGCGUCAUUCCAAUAUCAGUGGGCAGGACCUGUCACCAGCACUGACCAAUCAGUGUAGUUCUCAGGUGUUCAUAACAGAAGGGGAGGAGCCGCCCUGUUUUCUGCAGUUGUUCCAGGGAGGACUGGUCAUUUAUAGACAACAGCAAAGCAGAGACACAGGAGGCUGGCGUCUGUUCUGUGUGAGGGGUGACGUCCCAGUGGAGGGCAGUCUGUUGGAGGUACAGUGCUCCUGCUCCGGUCUGAGGUCUCGUGGCUCACUGAUCUUGUUAAACAGCCAGCAGGGGGCGAUCUACCUGUGGCACGGCUGCAAAGCCCACAGCAAAGCACGUCAGGUGGCCAAACAGACCGUCCAACGCCUCACACAAAUGUGCCCACCUGAGCUGAGUCUGAGAACUGGCAGCUUUAUGAAUGUCCAGGAAGUGGAGGAGGGGAAAGAGCCAGCGGAUUUCUGGAAUGCUAUCGGACCACAGGACAGGAAGUCAUAUGACUGCAUGCUACAAGAUCCUGGUAAAUUUAAUUUUACCCCCCGCCUUUAUCACCUGAGUGCCCAGUCAGGAACUUUCGUAGGGGUGGAGCUUAUUAGCCCCUCCCACGUGAAUGGUGUCAUUACAGCAAUGCCCUUCCUCCAGGAUAAGUUAUAUGCCGUGCCACAUCCAGCACUGUUCCUGCUGGAUAACUAUCUAGAGGUGUAUUUAUGGCAAAGUUGUGAAUCUUCGGUCUCACAGCGCUCUCACUGGGACAAAGAGAAGAAGUGUGCCAUGGAGACCGCUUUACAGUACUGCAAAGAGAGGAAUCCCAGGCGGCCUCCCAUGGCGUAUCUUAUCGAUGAAGGGGCGGAGCCUCUCACCUUUACUAAUAUAUUCCCUUCAUGGGACAUGAGACUGACACAGGAAGCACAGGACUGCACGGCGUGUAAAAAGCUAACUUUGGUGCAGGAUGCUCUAGCUGCUGUUAAUAAGACCCAGUUCCCCCUCAAAGAUCUGCUGAAGAGACCUUUACCCGAAGGAGUGGAUCCUUUACACCUGGAGAACUACCUGUCUCAGCACGAUUUCAAGGUUGCUUUGGGAAUGACAUGGAACGACUACAACUGUCUAUCAGAUUUACAGAAAAUGGACCUGAAGAAAAGUAAAGGACUUUACUGAGUGUCAGCAGCAUUUUAAAGAUGUGUUUGUAAGAUGGCACUCAUGUGUACAGUGUAACUGUGAGUGUGUUAAACAGUGAGUGUGAGUGUGUGUCCUUUCAGUCCGCUGCUUUUUUUAAUGCCUAUUGUCCAGCGCUCGUUUUGGCCAAAAGCUUUCUACUCAAAGCUAGACAGAACUGUUUUACUCUGACUUUGAGAAAUAGCGGUCGUGUUUUUCUUUUCUUCCCUCCCUUCCUCCACUGCAGCUGUUUCUCCUCCCUCUUUCUUCAUCUCUCCCUGUCUGCCUCCUCUCUCCACACAAAGCAGCACAUGUGAGGUCCGAUUGUUUCACUGAACUUACAGCUGAAUUUAGUAAUGUUUAUUUUAAAAUAAAAAUAUCAUGACAUCUUUUCGCUGUGAAACAUUUAUUCACCUUUACAAAUCUCAAAUGCAUAAACCGUUUGAGAAUCAGAGAACAAACAGAGAAACAAACAAGAAAUGUCAGUAACAAAGUUGCUCCGAGAGGAAAUGAAAAGAGGAAAUACUCAAUCAAUAACUGAAUGUGCAAUAUAUUCUUAGCAUCGAAACUUGAAAUUUGAAUAUAAUACAUGAAAUGAGAGAGUCUUGAAUGUGUGUGGCUGUUGAAAGUGUGGUGGGGGUUGAGGGAAGGAAUUAGUGUGGAUUUAGACUUCAUGUGACUCUGGUGAAAAAUGACAUGCCAUGGCUAGAUAGCAGGUGAACAAAAGAAUGUAAGUUUUACUUGCUGCAAACUGUUCACAACCAGCUAGUCAACUGUUCAAAAGUUUGGGGUUUUAUUUGAGAAAUAAAAAUGUUUCUUCGGGAUGCAUUAAAUGGAUCAAAAAUGACAGUAAAGACGUUAAUAAUUACAAAAGAUUUCUAUUUCAAAUAAAUACUUCGAUAUUUCAAUGCUAAAUACUAAAAUACCUCAAAAUAUAUGUAAAUUAUUUUAAUCCCUCAAAUAAAUUGUUUACAUAAUUUACAGUGGUUUUGAUCAAAUAAAUUCAGCCUUGGUGAGCAUAGGAGGCUUUGUUAAAAAAAUGUUAAAACAUAAUAUUACUGACCCCAAACCUUUGAAUGGUAGCGUGCACAUCAUGAGAGGGAAAAAAAGUAGAGAAUGUACAAAUACGAAAGUGCUGUAGGAGAAUUUUGUCAUUAAUUAGUUACUUCAUGUUGUGCUUUGUUUGUCUUAAGAGCAAAAUGUAAGAUAUUUUUUGGAUGACAACCAGGAGGCUUGUGAUUGUCCCAUUGACUGUAAAUAA